GUUUAAACAGUGAUUGCACGACGCGCAACGCGUCAGUCUCAACGCAAACUCGACGAAAAUCGCAACUCAUAAUCGUAACGAACUAAGCGCGCUAGUCAAUAACGCGUCGGCGGCGAAUGUUCAAAGAAAAUACAAAAAAAUAGUAAAAUAGAAAGAAACUUUUACUUAAGUUUUUUCUCUAAGUGAACGCACUAGAACUUAAGCGAAGCAAACGUUGAUUAAGCUAAAUCUUUCAGAUGUCUUGGAAGUGUAUUUUUAAUUUUGCCUUUAAGCAAAUGUUUUAAAUAACAUAAUGUCGACUCGAACCACGACGACACAUGCCUGUCCAACAACGACCACGCCCACAUAUCGUACCCCUUCACCCCACAACAUUAUGCACACACACUUAGCAACAACAGCGGCAAUGCCUAAUUUAAGUACGAGUAAUGUUAAUGAUAACCGCCCAACAACAAACAACACCCGACAGCACACGACGACCCUCCUUAAUACGAUGUACACACAAGCGGAGAGCAUCAGUUGGCGUUUGCGCCAGUAUUGCAUAGAGGCCAUAACAGCGAAUAGCAGACGAAGAAGAAGAAGGCGUGAUGAUAAUAACAACAACAACAACAGCAACACCAAUUACAGCGGUAGCAACUAUACAACGAAUUGCAGUAGCAGUAAUUGCAUAGAAAGCAACAACAACAACAAUAAUAAUAUUAGCAACAACAACAACAAUUACGCAUAUAGCACACCUGACGCUGAUUACCUGGCUGAUCAUAACAACAACAAUAACAACAGCUAUAUGAGUAACAAUAACAAUGAUAAUACUAGCAGCAGCAGCAAUAAUAGAAACUUAAGUAAAACAACAACAACAACAACAAUGCUAAGUUCACCCGCAAUACAAGUGUACAAUGUGAUUGCGCAAAGCUUAAGUAGUUCUUCCACGGCGUUCACCUACAUCACAGCUUUGCUGCUGCUCGCCACGCUAUGUUCCUUCUGCGCUGCCUCACCCUGCGACCGGAACAGCUGGUGGGACCCAGUAAAGGACAAAUGUAUUCCGUGUACUGUGUGCGAGGACGGUCUGAUACCGUUGCGUCCGUGUCAAUUUCAAUGUGACACGAUAUGCGGUUCCAUCUACGAUCUGAAGAUCGAUUGGUUGGUGCUGGCGAAAACGGAGCCCAACUGGAAGGAGCGCCGAAAGGAUGAGGACAACUAUGAUUUGGAGCAGCAAUUGACACACGAGGAAUUACAGCAAUUGCAGGACGGCUCACUGCCGAUGGAUUGGCAGACAAUGGCGCUCUUUAUGGCCGUAUUGGCGUGCUUAAUCUUCUUCAUCAUAGCCGCUGGCAUUUUGGUGCAUCAUAUGCGGCAAUGGCGGCGUAUGGAGCGUCGUCUCGAUCAAGAUGUUGAAGAAUUAUCUACAAAAUUAAUGGCGAAAUUAGCUGAAGUACAGAGUAUGGAGGGCGGAACAUUCUUUAUUGGCAAUGCCGAUGCAUUAGGUGUAUCAACGAAUUUCCAGCCGCAACAUGUGCUAUUACCGGAAAAACCGGCAAAACAUCAUGAACGGCGUAUCUUAAAAACAUUACAACCGGGUAAUGUUUAUAUUGAGGAAAAUGGCUCGAAAGGAUGAGGCAGACACGCUGCAACUAUAAGUUCUUGCAACAAUGUGGCGAACGUUAGCAUUUAGCAUUGGAAAUAUGAAAAUGAAGUCAACGCAAACACUUUUUAGUGGGACGAAAUAUUCAAAUAACGUAAUUAUAUGUUGAGUGAAAGUAACAACGUGAAUACCACUUAAUUAAAAUGAAAACAAAACGAUGUUUAACAAGUAAUUAAAGCAACAAACAAACCGUAAAAAAAAUGUGACUUUAACUACUUAUCUAGAUGCUAUAAAUGGAAGUAUAAUUUGGCAUGCGCUAUAAAAAACUAUAAAAAUCAAAAGAAAAUGGAAUGGAAAAUAUAAAAGCAAUAAAAAUAAAGUCAUCAUAAUUUCCGCUUUUUUAUAUUUUAAUGUACAAAUAUUCGUAUAUAAUCAUAGUGCAUAGCAUUCGUACAAUACCCUGUGAGAAAUUUUGAGCAUAACGGGAAUUAUAAUUUUUUUUACGGGAUUUUUGUGUGUUUGCAAACAAAUAUUGUAUAUUAGCGAGAGAAAUAGUUCCAAGGUAUAUAUUUAAUAUUAAGACAUUAAUUUUCAAAUUAUUCUUGUUAAUUUUGAGUAAUAAUGUUGGUUUAAGGGAAAAGGUGACACUUACUCGUGGAAUUCCAAAACCUUUUUUAGUUAAUUUUGUAUUUUUUUUCAAUACUUUGUUAGUUUUUAAUAUUUUUCCUUCACGAAUAACCAAACUAAAUAUUUUUGCUGCUCUGCGCCCCAGCGGUCCAGCAGCAAACUACAGAAAGCUAACGGAGCUUUUACCCGUUCCCAUACGGCAGCUAUUGAUAUUGAGCUGCCUGUCCUAGCAAGCUCAUCAGCCUUACGGUUUCCUACAAUUUUCAUGUGGCCAGGCACCCAAACCAAUCUAAUCCUAAAGUAACUUGAGCAUAGAGAAAAGGAGUCUAGACAACACUUCACCAACCAGUCUUGAGCAUGCAGUCAGCGCACAGCAAGGUUAAUAUCGGUGCCCUACUAACAGAGUGGAUAGUCGCCAUUCUGAAGAAGGCUACACUCUGGGCCACCAGAUCUACUGCUAUCUUUAUGGCAGCAACCUCCACCUGGAAGACGCUGCAGUGGUCAGGAAGCCUAAAACUUGUGUGGAUCUUCCCAGAAAAAAUUAAUUGGGAGAAAAAUAUAUGUGCUUCCCACGUUUGAAGCAACUUUUUACUUAAAAUUCGUCUUAAAAAAUUUGAAAUUUAAGCAAAAGUUAGCUUAAAAAAUUUUCAGUGAAAAGCUACUAAUCUAAAACGCAGCGUUGUAUUUCGCAUUUCUCAAUUCGUUUCUCGCAGGGUGUGCUUUUAUAGCAACUAUGUACGUGUACAUAUACAAUUAAAGUGUGAACAUAAAAUUUUAUGGCUUAUAUAACGGAACUAUGUACUCGUUUAUUCACAAAAGUAGCGAACACAUGUACAUAUAUACAUAUAUGCAUGACAUUAAUGUACAUAUGUAUGUACAAGUUAUGGUAUAUUUGUGGUUAGAAUAUUUUGCUCUACUAAUAUUUACCCACAUUCUUUGUUGUUGACUUGUUGUAAAAAUAUUAUUGUGUAAUUAACAGUAAAAAACAAAUAUUUUUUCUAAAUUGGCUUAUAAAAAAAUAAAAUGAAAAAAUAUUGAAAUAAAUAGCAACAAUAAAAUUUAUGGAAAAAAAUGGUAAAAUCAAAAAUAAAUAGUAAUAGCAAUUAAAAGAAAAAAUAAGAUAAUAAAAAAAAUUAAAUUGAAUAUAAAAGCAUAAGUACAAUAAAAAAUAAAAACUAAACUUGCUAAUUUCUAUUAAAGGCUAUAAAUAUGGUUUAACACACAUAUACAUAUAUCUAGGUAUGUAAAAAAAUUUAAAAAUACUGUAAAUAAUUAAUAUUAAUAUAUAUAUAUAUAUAUAACUGUAUCAUUACGCUAACAUUAAAAUUUAUUUUUUUUUUAUAUAAAAAUAACCAUAUUUAUAUUGAUAGCUCAAAAUUAAUUUUCGUAUAAUUUUUACUUAAUGUAAAUACUAUUGUUUAUAUUGCUUCAAAUAUGGCAAAAUGAAACUAAGUAUAUCACAAACAUAUCCAGUAACAGUAAUUUAUGCUACGCAGUGCAUAGUGCUUUAUAAUUUUACUUCCAACAAAAAAAAAACAGACAAAAAGAAGAACAAAAAAAUUAAAAUAUUAAAAAAUAAAAAAAAAUAAAUAAAAAAUUAAUAAAAAUAAUAAAAAAUAAAUAAAAAUAUUUAAAAAAUAAAUUAAAAUAAUUAAAACAAAAAGAAAAAUAAAACAAAUUUAAUACUUUAAACUAAAAAAUAACAAUAACAAAAUGCUAGUACUGUCAACAAUACUUCCACUCGUACUCCUGCAUUUGUGUAUUUGAAAACAAUGAAAAAAAUUCUUAUAAAUUAUUUUAGUUUUAAGUUUAAAUAUCGAUUUGAUCGUUAAACGAUUUUUCUUUCAACUUUUUAUUUAAUUUUAUUUUCAUUUUUUAUCUGCUAAAAUACGAUUAUGUAACUACAUAUUAUAUUCAUACAUACAUAUUUUCGUGUGUUUUUCUAUUUGUAUAUCGAAAUACUUAUUUAAGUUAGUGUUGUUGCAUUGUAUUGAAACA